GGAAGCAUGAACCACACUCGGCUCUCUUGCCAGCACGGAGCUGUGCUCGCUCGGCACUCGCAGCUGCAGGACACUCGGGCCCGAUGGAGCAGGGAGGCUGGUGGCGGUGGCUGCUGCUGCUGCUGGGCAUCCAGCUGGCCGGGGGCCAGUGCCCGGAGCAGUGCCAGUGUGUCCGCACCGCCCAGGUGGAGUGCUCUGGUGCUGGCAUCACCACGGUCCCCAGCCCCAUCCCUGCGAACGCCAUGACCCUCCAGAUCAUCAACACCCGUAUCGCUGAGCUGGGCGAUGCGUCCUUCGGCAACGCCUCCCUGCUGAUUGGGCUGCGCAUCGAGAAGAAUGACCUGUCGCGCAUCAGCCCCGGGGCCUUCCAGCACCUGCCCGACCUGCGCUACCUCAGCCUGGCCAGCAACAAGCUGCAGGAGCUCCCCGUGCAGGUCUUUGAGCCCCUGGACAAGCUGGAGUCGCUGCUUCUCUCCAGCAACCAGAUUCUCCAGGUCGAGCCUUCCCACUUCACCAGCCUGACCAACCUCAAGGAGCUGCAGCUGCACGGGAACAACCUGCAGGAGCUGAAGGAGGGGGUGUUCGACCAGCUCACCAGCCUCACCAAGCUCAACCUGGCCAGGAACAACAUCGACCGCCUGCCGCCCCGCGCCUUCGAGCGGCUGGCACGGCUGCAGGUGCUGCGGCUCUACGAGAACCGGCUCCGGCAGAUCCCGGAGGGUGCCUUCGACGGGCUGCCAGAGCUGCAGGAGCUGGGGCUGCACCAGAACCAGCUGGAGACACUGUCCCCGGAGCUCUUCAUGCACAACGGGAACCUGCAGAAGCUCUACCUGUCCAACAACCUCCUUGCCGCCCUGCCAAGCGGCAUCUUCUUGCCGCUGCGCUCCCUCGCCAAGAUCACCUUGCACGUCAACCGCCUACGGGACAUCUCCCCCGGCGCCUUUGGGCCCAUGCCUGACUUGCGGGAGCUGUGGCUCUACGAGAACGAGCUCUCCACCCUCCCCACCGCUGUCUUCGGCAACCUCACCCAGCUGCGGCUCCUGGUCCUCAGCAAGAACCGGCUGCGCUUGGUGGCACCAGGGGCUUUCCAGGGCCUGGGGGAGCUGCUGGAGCUGUCGCUGCACUCCAACGCCCUGCGCCGCCUGGACGCCCAGGCGCUUCAGGGGCUGCCCAAGCUGCAGAACAUCUCCCUGCACCACAACCAGCUGCAGGCGCUGCCGCGGGGCCUCUUUGGGGCCACCCCGGGGCUGCAGCACCUGCAGCUGCACUCCAACGCCCUGCAGUACCUGCCUGCUGGCAUCUUCUCCCCCCUGGCCACCCUGCGGGAGGUGAAGCUGCACAACAACUCCUGGCGCUGCGACGAGGGCAUCCUGCCUCUGCGGGGCUGGCUGGAGGACAACCCCCACAAGGUGGGCGAGACACCCCCUCUCUGUGCCCAGCCCCCCACCCUGCGGGGCAUCCCUAUCGCUGGGGUUCCACGGGACCAGCUCCUUGCCUCCCAGUUCCCCACUGCCUCCCCCCAUCCCAGCACCCUGCUCCCUUCUCACCCCCCUGAGGCGGCGGUGCCGGAGGGUGCCUGGACGGAGCCCCCCAUGGGGCUGCCGGCAUCCCCCCGGGAGGAGGAGAAGGAGCAAGAGGAGGAGGAGAGGGGGCGGUGGGGGCUGACGCGCAUGCAGAGUGGGGUGGUGGUGGCAGUCAUCGUGCUGGUGUGUGUGGCCCUGCUGGCCGCUCUCGUGGCGCUGGUGGUCUAUGGCUGUAGGAAGAAGAGCCACGUUGUGCUCAUGAGGAUGAAGGCACCUAACGAAGCCUGAGUGCCCGGCAGACCCUGGGGGGAGCGGUGCUGUCGGGGUAUCCCCUCCCCAUGGGGCCGAGGGACAUGACAGCAGCUCUGUAUCAGCUGUCCUCACUGAUUUGGACAGGCUGGCAUCACCCUGCGUGCUGCAUGUCCCCCCGUCCUGUUCUGCUUUGCUCUGUCCCUGCUUUGCAGCAGGGCAUCCCCCCCACCCCGGGUGACCUCCCAUGGCUGUGCUCUGUCCCCAGCCCCUCCCGCCCCCAGUGCAGCCCCUGUGCCCAUUCCUUGCCUGGGGGCAGCAGCCGGGGUGGGAUGGGGGGGCAGGGGUUGAGAGGCACCCCUCGAGCAGGGAGCCACAGCCUGGCCAUGAUGGUGCUUACUCCAAACAAGACUUUCCCCAUCCUUCAUCUCGCCUCAUUGCUUCCAGCGCUGCCUGCCCUUGCGCUGCUUGCUGACCUCCUCCAGCCCCUCUUCCCCAUCUUCCUCUCCCCACCCCCCAUGCCUCCGGACCCUGGCCCUGCCUGGGCAGGCGGGUGCAAGCCAUCAUGCAGGGCCGGGAGCAGAGCGAGCGCCUUCGCCCCCAGCAAAGCUCCCCGUCCUGGUGCUGCUGU